AUGAAGAAGACGAGCAUCAACGGCCCCAACGCCAACGCCAACGACGAGGCCAGCAAGCCUUGGGCUCCAGCUUCCAGCUCCCCCGGCCGCCGCCGCCGCCGCCGCCCGCCCGCCCUCAGCUCCAUAGUGUAUCCCGUCAGGGAGACCCUUCUCUACCCGAGACUUAUCCUUGACGACCACAACGACGACAACGAUAACGACCAAGCCGCCUCUUUUUUGUUAUACCUCACGCCAACUGAUCCUCCCCCCGUCCCUCCUCCGGUCACAGACUCUUCUCCAUCUUUCACUCCAGAUAUCCCCGCCAACAUGCCUGUUCAACUGCUGCCAGCCUCUGCGGCUGCUUUCGCCCCGAGAGCCUCAUCCGUCAACGUCGUGCUGGGAUCCAAGGUCGAGCCGUGGUUGACACAGACCCUGAAGCGCAUCAACCGGAUCAAGCGUCCACUCAACAGCGUCCCUCAACACCAAAGAUGUCUGACCGAGACACUGUCAUCACCCAACGCCAUCUGGACUCUCACUUCCAUCAUGCUUCCCAAGGCCCCGGAAUCUGACUUGCGCCAAGACGAGAACCCUCUCGUCGAGGCCCUGUUCAACUACCAGCUUCUCCACAUCGAGGCCUACAUCGUCCACGUCGAUAUGGUCCUGCGCAACGAGGUCGCUUUCAAGCUCACCACCGACUCAAUAGACGCUUUGGUCGAGUACCACAAGGAGAUCCACUGCGUCGACAGCAAGGCUAACACCUACGACUGGUCUGAGAAGGACCAACAGUGCAAGAAGCUGCAUGAGGAUUUCGUCCAAGCCAUUAACAAGUUUGUCUACCGCACACAUGUUACUGCCUUGGAAGGGCUGGAGGAAGAGGGCGCUGGUGAGCUGCUCUCCGGUAAGAGCGAGGAGGUCAAGAACAACAUCAUGGGCCUCAUGAAGCCUUUGCUGCCUCCUCCUCCCCGUGUUGUCGAUGUCAUCAGACAACCACCCCUGCUCCCCAGCUCACCCGCCAACGCCAGCAUCUGGUCGCAACCCCCUACGCCUGCCAGCCUAGUCGCCGUCGAUGCGUGGAGAGUCCUGCCAUCAAGUCCGAGCAUUGCAUCAACAUCUCAGGAGUCAACGCCAAUCUGGGCCAACAUUGGCAUGAGCGAGGUUCAGAUCCCCUCCCCUACGCCUGCAUACAGCCAACCAUUCUCCACGGCCGGGUUCUACUACAGUGCACCAGCAAUCACGGCGCCCAUCCCAGCGUUGCCUCUCCCCAGCAUGUUCACGCCUCAGUGUGGCGUGAGCGUCGGCUACGGUGGCUUCGGCUGGGAUCGCUACCAGGAGUACACGACGACGAUGUGA